AUGACCGACAGCGAAAUAACAGGGUUCCAAUCCCACCACAAAGACUUCGACGCAAUCAUCGGCCCGACCCCCACCCUCGAACUAUUAGCAGAACAUCGCGACUACCCCUUUGCACACGAAGCCGGAAUCUACAUCGCCGAGACGAACAGCCUCUGGAUCACCAGCAACCGAUGCCUCGAUCCAAAUGGCAGUAAAAGCGAGCAGAAAGUCUACAUCACCCGCGUUGACCUGAACACCAACCCCAUCACCUACGAGGAAAUCCCCACCGAGAUACCUAUGGGAAAUGGCGGCAUCAACUACGGCCAAGAUCACAUUCUUAUUUGCGGGCAGGGGUCUAUGACCCAGCCCAGUGGGCUAUAUCAGAUGUCCAUCACUGCUCCGUACACAACGGAACUGCUCAAGGGGGACUUCUUCGGCCGGCCGUUCAACUCGGUCAACGACGUGGUGGUGCAUACUGAUGGCUCGAUAUGGUUUACGGAUCCCAUCUACGGCUACAGGCAUGAGUAUCGUCCGGAACCGUGUUUACCGUGUCAGGUGUAUCGGUGGUGUCCGCGCGAAGGGACUACUCGCGCGAUGGCUGAUGGGUUUGGGAUGCCGAAUGGGAUUUGUUUCUCCCCGGAUGAAAAGACGGUUUAUAUCACGGAUACAGACCGACUGCACGGGGAUGGUACGGUAUUUGAUCAUCGGGUAUCUUCAAUCUAUGCCUUCGACGUGUCCACGAUACAUGGACAGCCGUUCCUCACCAACCGUCGACUCUUCGCCAUGGCCGAUCAUGGCAUUCCCGAUGGGAUCAAGUGCGAUUUGAAUGGAAAUGUGUAUAGUGGUUGCGGUGAUGGUAUCCACGUCUGGUCUCCCGGGGGAGUUCUCCUCGGUCGCAUCCUCAUCGAUGGCGGGGUAGCUAACUUCUGCUUUGGCCGAAACGGGGAGAUCUUUGCGCUGAAUGAGCACCGCUUAUGGAGGGUCCAGCUCGGAGCCGGAGUCAAGGGAGCAUUACUUGGUCUGUAG